CCCGCUCUGGAUGUAGAAUCGCCGAGAACCGCGCGCGUGUAUGUGUGAGUGAGUGCGUGCGUGUGCGCGUGUGGAUGGUGCGCGCGAGUGGACAGCAUGGGGAAAGAUCAGGAACUCUUGCAGGCGGUGAAAACCGAGGACCUGCUGACGGUCCAGCGGCUGCUGCAGAGACCCAGACAGGGCAAGUCCAAGCUCCUGGGUUCUGCCAAGCGGGUGAACGUGAACUUCCAGGACACAGACGGGUUCUCAGCUCUCCACCACGCUGCUCUGAAUGGUAAUUUGGAGCUGAUCUCUCUGUUGCUGGAGUCACAAGCCGUUGUUGACAUCAAAGACCAGAAAGGGAUGCGGCCGUUACACUAUGCUGCCUGGCAGGGAAAAUGUGAGCCAAUGAAAAUGCUGCUAAAGGCGGGAUCAUCAGUCAACAGCCAAUCAGAUGAAGGGCAGAUUCCAUUGCACCUCUCGUCCCAGCAUGGCCAUUAUGAUGGAAGUGAGAUGCUGCUGCAGCACCAGUCUAACCCAUGCAUCAGAGAUCACGCAGGAAAGACCCCUCUAGACCUGGCCUGUGAAUUUGGACGAGUCUCGGUGGUGCAGUUGCUUCUGAACAGUAAUAUGUGCGCUGCCAUGCUGGAGCCCAAGCCCUCUGAUCCCAAUGGAAUCAGCCCUCUCCACCUGGCUGCCAAGAACGGACACAUUGACAUCAUCAAGUUGCUGAUCCAGGCUGGUAUAGAUAUAAAUAGGCAGACCAAGUCUGGCACAGCACUGCAUGAAGCCGCCCUUUGUGGGAAGACUGAUGCUGUGCGGCUACUUCUGGAUAGUGGUAUCAGUGCCAGUGUGAGGAACACGUACUGUCAGACAGCACUGGACAUUGUUAACCAGUUCACCACCACACAAGCCAGCCGAGAGAUUAAACAGAUGCUGAGAGAUGCCUCUGCUGCCAUGCAAGUGAGGGCGCUGAAAGAUUACUGCAACAACUAUGACCUGACUAGCCUCAACAUCAAAGCCGGUGACAUCAUCACGGUCCUGGAGCAGCACUCUGACGGCCGAUGGAAGGGCUGCAUCCACGACAACCGCACAGGAAACGACCGCGUAGGCUACUUCCCGUCCAACAUGGUGGAGGUCAUCAAGAGGGCAGGUUCCAGAGGGUCCGUGUCAAGCCCCCAUGGCUCUCCAACUCUGAGUGGUCAGCAAAGCAGUGCCAACGAGGAGAUUUGGGUUCUAAGGAAACCUCUCGCUGGCGGCGGCAGUGGCGGCAGCAUGGGCAGUACAGGCAGCCUGACCAGUGGCCGUUCGUCCAUCAGUGGUCCAGUGGACAAUGCCAAUGCUCACCUCACCAACUCACCUGUGCCUGUGCCAACCACUCCCACACAUUCGCCAGGGGUCAACACACAUGGCCUCAAUGUACCAGGACUACACGCACAGGCGGAAGGGGUGAAGUUGUUGGCCACAGUGUUGUCUCAGUCAGCCAAAGCAAAAGAGCAUCUUCUGGAGCAGUCCCGUUCUGUGGACCAUAGCCCAGCUUCCUCACAGCUUACCCAGAGUGCACCUGGUGGCCCUCGUUCGGAGAAAAAGAAACCAUUCGUGGAUCCUUUACUGCAAAGGAAGGACAGCACUUCAGCAGAGAGCAAGAGCUCAGAGGCAGUCGCUGAAUGGCUUAUUAGUGCUCAACUGCAGUUUUACACAACUAACUUCCUGACUGCUGGAUAUGACCUACAAACCAUCAGUAGGAUGACUCCAGAGGACCUCACAGCUAUCGGGGUGACAAAACCUGGGCACAGGAAGAAGAUGUUGUCAGAAAUCAGCAAACUGAACAUCCCUGACUGGAUACCUAAAGAGAAACCUACCAGUCUGGCGGAGUGGUUGUCUCUGAUUGGACUGAGUCAGUACUACCAGACACUUGUUCAGAAUGGCUAUGACAACAUGGACUUUGUCAGUGACAUCACACUGGAGGACCUGCAGGAGAUUGGCAUCACAAAACUGGGACAUCAGAAGAAGUUAAUGCUGGCUGUUAACAGGCUUGGCGAACCUCCAAAAGAGGAAGAAACUCCUGGCCAGUCCGAUGAAAGCACAGAUACAAAACAACCAGUUGCUGCAGAUGUGAUCAGUAACGUGCCAGAGAUCAAAUCCACCCCUGCACCAAGGACACGCAAGGGAUCGGAGGGGCGUGGAUCUCCUCGGCACACUGCGCAAGGGCGGGGCAUACAGAGAGCAAACGCCCCUCCUCCACUCAAGAAACCUGGGUCGUACGAUAGCCCCACCCACACCCCGCCACAUACGCCCACUAAAGGCAAAACCUCCUCCCCUCACACAAACUCCCCCACGCACACUCCUGGCUCGCCCAUGAGAACACAAAGCAGGCCAAGGGGACCAAACGACUCCCCCCGGGUGCAUCCUCAUGGUCGCGCUGUGCCGUUACUCUGUCUUCCACCUGAAGGUGGCACCGAGGAUGAGGAGGACCAGACUCCGCCCUUGCCCAGGCGGAUCAUGCGCAGCGGGACGCCUGCAGUUACCGAAGUUUCAGAACGUGUCAACGAAGAGCUUCCUUUGCCUGAUUCUUCGGUGAAAUACGCCACGCUAGGCGGUGUCAACCGAAGCAGUUCCGGUAAAGGUUCCGGCGACACCCUUGAUGUCAGCGGUGUCAACCGCAGCCAGUCAUUUGCUACCACACGUCCUCGCAGGAGGACACGACCUCCCACCCCACCGAAGCGCUCCUGCUCCUCGAUCUCCACCGGCAACCUGGCCGACGAGGCGGCUAUGUCUAACGAAAGGGGGACUGGUCGAGGCGAGCAUAGUGAUUCGUUCCUCAGCGUGAACUACAGGGAACGCCGCCGGAGCGACUGCGGCAUUGCCUCUGAAUCGACUUCAUCAGGGGGCAGUGUCAGAGACAUUGCUGCCAUGCUUGAAAUGUCCAAAUUAGGAGGUGGAGCCAAAGGAACUGGCAACAAUUACCUGCAGACCCGCCGUCGCACCAUCAGUGGGCCCGUCACUAGCUACACAGACGCCCAGCCUAAUAACACCCAGGAAGGUGACAUUACUUCACGUUCUUACACCACACAAGCAAACCUGGAGACAACACGAAUCAUGGAGGAGGCUGCACCUCAGAAACAGGCACCAAUGAGGCUGGCCCCAGAGCCCCGCCCUCGCUCCAUGCUUAGUCACCUGGAAGGAGGUGUCCCUUCCCUCCCUCAGGAGGAGUGGUCACGAAUGGACGCCACGGCAACAUUGAGAAGGCCCCGGCCACCGCACGACUCAGACUGCGAGAGGUUCCAACUCACUGAGACCAGCACAAUACGGCGCCGCCCAAAGGCACUAGGGACCCCACAGAGGAACGACACAGAGAACGGUCCAGAAAGCACCCGCAGGAGGCCGGUAUCAGAAGCUUGUGCUGGGGAAGGCAGUGAAGGGGAACUGCGGCCAGAUGAUUUCAGAAGAGUGCUGAAGCCUCCAGUUUCCCCCAAACCUUCGCUUGCCCUUAAGAAGCCUGAUCCUCCAACGCCCACCAGGAGGGUGCCACUUCCUGGACCAGAAGGCCAGCACAGCCCAGUGGAGGUCAAAAAGGUCCCACCACCAGUGUCUCCAAAACCAAGCCCACCUCCAACGCUCCCCAAACCAGUGAAAAUAAAGCCAAUUCAGACCCCAGGAUCUUCCCCAGCUCCUCAGCCACAAAUUCUCACCCCACCUAGUGCCCUAAACACACAUGCAUCCUCCCCUACCACUCUUCUCCCUGAGCCAGCGGAGUAUCCCACCCUCUGCCCUGUGAUUCCAAAGCCAGUGGAGACUUACACUCUCUCUCCACGGGCUGCGACUUCUCCUGCUCAGAGCCCACAGACACCCCAAACCCCCCAAACUCCCCAGACCCCUUCCACCCCUGGGUCUGGCUCAGCGCCAGUAAAGCCCCCGAGGUCCUCCAUGGCAGGCCUUUCUGUGGAUAUUCCUGGUCCUCUGGAAGUAGAACUGGCUGGGGUGGAGGCCAUGCAGCAGAGGCUGAGGGAGGUGGAAGAGGAGCGAAAGAGAGAGAGAAAAGAGGACAGAAUGGACGGCACUGGCCAGAGCCAAGUGAGGAGAGCUUCUGGAGAGGGUUUUGGAGGAAGUGAUGUCACAAGGAGUGCUGAAGGGUCAGGGCAGGUUGUGAUGAGGAGGAGGAAAGUGGGUGUGGCCAGGCAGCCACAGGUUGAGGGUGAGCUUGAAGGCUUAAGGCAAGACGGAGGUGUGAGAGCAGAGGCGGUCCAGCAGGGGCUGCUGGAGGCUGAAGCAGGAGGCUUGUUUGGAGGCCAUGCAGCAGAAGACAUGACCCAGUUCAGGCUGGAGGAGACCAGCGCCUCCCUAGCUGCUGCUCUGGAAGUGGUAGAGGAGAAGAUCAAGAAGGAGGACAAUUCUGUGGUGGAGAACAAGACCACAGUCAACAUUCUGGAUGACAUCGGGAGCAUGUUCGAUGACCUAGCAGACCAGCUGGAUGCCAUGUUGGAUUAAAAAAAAAAAAAGCACAAGACAGAAUUGCCAAGCCUAGACUUCUUUUGGUCUGUAAGCACCAAACCUGCUCAAGCUUAAGCACAUCCCGGUGAGUUGAGCAAAGUCCGAUUUAAACAAGGACUCGUUGAUUCCAACAAGAAGAGAUGGAGAUGCUGGGGUGCGGAGCCCUUGAGUUUUGAAGAUAAAGAGCUUCGGAGUCUGGUGGUUGACGUAGGCACCCGGCAACGUCAGUACCAUCCCGAGUGUUUCUCCUGCCCUUCUCGCCCAUGUUUGUCCAAGGUUCGGAGCCAUGGUCCUCAGCUCGAGCUUGGAGCUACUGACUGCUAUCAUGCUGCUUCCAGAGAUAAGCACAAUUUAAUGCUAACAAGCUAUUUAAAUUCCAUUUAGGUCGAGAAACACGAGCAUCGUGUCGGAGUGUGCGUUUGUAUGUAUGUAUGUACCGUUUGUAUGUGUGGCCUUGGUGUUUCCUUUAACAAUGUUAUGGUCCGAUGGCCGAUUGUGUAUUUGUUUUUAAACGAUUAAUGGAAUCCUAAACAUUUAUUGUGCUCUCUGGGAAACCAGCUAACAGGUUUGCUAUGGCUCAUAACUGACUGCAAAGGGGAACUCCAGACGAUUAUGCCCAGCCCUUUUCUCCUUGGGAUACCCCCAGAGGUGAAGAACAUUUGCGUUAACUUAAAAGCAAAAGUAGGAAAAACCCAAUUUGAUGGUCUUGAGAAGACCAACCUGGUUUUCCUCUUCCAUGUAGUGGAUUUCCGAGUUCCCCUUUGUCAACGAUUAAAAGAAAACGAGCUCUGGACAUUGAGAUAUAUCGUGAUAUUUACGUUGUCGUUGUUGUUCGUGUGUGUGAAUGUGUGACCGUGUUUAAUUGUGUAGUUUUUUUGCAUUGACAAAUCCCACUUUUCAGCAGAUAGAGUGGUGUUAUACAUAGAUAUAGGCUGAAUGCAGAAUAAGAUGCUGGACGACAGUGUAAAUACGGCAUAUAGAUUACAAUUACCAUUCAUAGAGUAGAAUUUGGAAUGCGAAAACCUGGAAUGCAACAGGUGCCCACUCAGUCCCAAUCAAUGUGAUCAAAUGAAAAAAGUUGGUGUGGUUGUGCGCCAGAGUGUGAGGAGUUUAGCGUGUAUGUGUCUGUUUGAGAGACCAAAUGAGAGGAUGUAUGUGUUUUGCAUAUGCGUCGGCCCAUUAAAGAAUGCUUGCAUUCUUGUUCUGUAACUGCACAGAGAAGAAUUCAUUUUUAUUGACGAUGACAAAAUGGCGUAGUCUAUGUAAGUGACUAAAAUGACGUAAUUUAAUGUGAAGUCGUUGCAAGAAGCUUAAAAUUACAGAGCAAUAUUUUCUAUCAACUCUCCGUGUUGAUGAUUUAGUUUUAUAAAUAACGGUAAUACGUCAAAGCCAGCCAUCUUGAGUAUAGCAGACAGCUGAACCUAACAUCAUCUCCAACAGUCAUGACAAUCCUCUAUCAUGUGCUUGAUUAUCUGCAAAGUCAAUGAGAUGGACAUUAGAGUAUUGAACCUUUUAUCAUGUAAAAUAUAUGUAAUAUUCCAGUUGUUAUUUUGUGUAAACGCUCAACUGGCUAAUGUGUUUGACCCUGGUGAUCCUUGCAGACCUCUUCCAUGUAAAGAACAUUGAGAGUAUGUGGAAUUAUGAUAAAUAAACUUUAUGAAUUAUGAAUACAAA